GAUCAGAGUGGGAACGGGUCUCUCCCCGCUGUCGGCUGCAGACCUGUGACAGGAAUUCCCAGGUCACAAGGGCUGGUAUUCCUGCCUCACGGUCAUGAGAGGGAACACUCACUGAGGAAAGGACACUGUGCGAGGUUUACUGUUGCCCCCCUCAGGAUGGGGGCCUCUGUGGAGUUUGCCUGCGUGCUUCUACUGGUCUCCUCUCUUGGGAAUAUCCUCCUGGUGUCUGGGGGCUGCUCGGGGAAGUGCUGCCGGGGCCGAGACUUGAGCUGUGUGAGCACCGACUGGAGGAUGGACCGGGUGUACGGGACCUGUUACUGCGACAAGGGCUGCGACCGGAACCGGGACUGCUGCUUCGACUACUUCACAGAGUGCCCAGCUCAGGACUGUGCAGUAAGCGACUGGAGCUUUUGGAGCGGCUGUGCACGGCCCUGCCAGCCCUCAGUGAGGGUCCGUGUCCGGCAGGUCGAGCAGCAGCCCAGUAACAGCGGGGAGCCGUGUCCCAGUCUGCAGCAACAGAGCGGCUGCAGGGAGUACCGAGACCUGCAGGGCAAACACUGUGCACGCAACGCAGGUCCUGCAUUCAUCACCAGCAUGGAGUUUGGCAAGGGGAGGCCCAAACACGACAACUAUGGAAACCCCCUCGACCCCGGGUUCUGUGUGGAGUUCACCCUACAGUCCCGGACCCCCCACUGCACGGUGCAGGACCGGCCACACACACACUGGAUGCGCUACAUCACAGAGGGAUACAAAGUGUGUGUGGCGUGUGAACCUCCCGCCAUGAGGAACCACACGGGCCGCUGCCAGGGAGACGGGCUGCAAGCAGACAAAGAGGCUCUGCUCCACUGGCAGGCGGUGGGGAACCAUCAGUGCAGCGGGACCUGGAAGAGGAUCCAGAAAACCCAGCGGUGCAACUGCCCCCCCCAGCACAGCUUCGUCUUCAUCUGAUCCAAAACACAGCGCCACAGAACUCCACAAAACACACUCAGCGGCCAAGAAAACCCUCAUCAGAGAGGCUCUCAGAACAGCCAUUAAAAGGAGGGUGCAUGAAGGACUUCUCCAUAGCUUUAUACCUACAGUAGAUGCAGUUUGGAGAAGCAGGCAGGAGCUGAAGCUAAGACAUGCACUGAAGCAGAAAGCAUAUAAACAGCUGAAAAAGUAAGCAUUUUUAAUCACAAAGCCUCCAGACUCCAUUGAUUAAAAAGAAUCAGUUGCUGCUCCAAUGCUUUGUGUGUCAUUGAGUGACUUUGCUGAAUCCAAACUACACAUGUAAGACACUAAAGUCCCACAACAGCUCAAGGUGAGGGACAAGGUGGUCCGAGAGCAAGGGAAAGGUGUUCAAAUAUCCCAAAAUAGUGUAAACCUGAGCUGAUAUGGAUCAUUUUGUGUAUAAAAUGCAUCCUCAGGAGUGCAUUGCUUGGCUUUCUUGUGCCGUUUCUCCAAACUGCAUCUACUGUGGAGAAGUACCUCAUGCAAAUAACCUCCAAACAUCCCAAAAUAUCCAUUAAUCGUGCUUCGCGUUGAUACAAAAGCAUGUUCCCAUUUAACCCUGCAGCACUCCAUGUACAGUAUCCCCCCUGUAAUCACAUAAAGCACCUCAUAUAUCAAAGUUGUUUUUAUUGGAACAAGCCACUGUUGUAUUCCUUGUUUUGAACAAUAUUUCUAACAAAAAAGUUUAACUUAAAAUGAUAACAAUA